GUUUGCACAUUUCCUGUUUGGCUAACAUCAUUAUCACAAUGAAAACCGUAUUUGUCACAGUCGGAACAACCUCUUUUGAUGAUCUGAUAGCCAGUAUGACCUCAAGUGAAGUCGUAAAGGUAUUAUUAGAUCGUGGAUAUACAGAUUUAGUGCUUCAGAUUGGCCGAGGCUCGUUUAUCCCUGACCCACAGUGCUGCCCUGGAUUGAGGAUGGAAGCCUUCUCUUUUAAAGAAACCAUAUCCGAUAACAUCCGGUUUGCAGAUUUGGUCAUUAGUCAUGCUGGAGCAGGAAGCUGCUUGGAGGCUCUUGGAGCUGGAAAGCCUCUGCUUGUAGUGGUCAAUGACAAGUUAAUGGGCAAUCAUCAACUUGAGCUUGCCAAGCAACUACAGGCAGAUUCACAUCUUCUCUAUUGCACCUGCAGGUUUGCACUCUGCCUGAAACCCUCAGACACAUGGACCUGUCUGUUCUUCUGCCAUUCCUGCCUGGUCAGCCUCAGAACUUUGCCAACUUUAUGGACAAAGCUGUUGGACUUCUCUGACAUUUCUUACAUUGGGUUGUGGUAAACAUCUGUAUGGAAGUGGAC